CUCCGUUUCACCAAAGAUCCGUGAUGCAAGGCUACCUCUGGAAGCGAGGCCAUGCGCUGCCGACCAUGAGUCGGCGCUACUGCGUUCUUGACGGCUCGAUGCUGGCCGUGUACCACGCCGAGCGCGAGCACGAGCUAGGCCUGACGCCGAGCUCCGUCUACGAAAUCCGCGAGGUCUUGCCGUGGGACGGCCACACGCGCUUAAAGAAAUACGAGCACGGCUUUGCCGUCUCGACGCUCGGCGGCAAGACGUACCAAUGCAGCGCCGACACGAUGGCCGCCCAAGAGCAAUGGAUUGCUGCGAUACAAGAGUCGCUCGCGGAGCCGUAUCGCAUCGUGGCCGACGAGAUCGUCGAAGCGCAAAAGCAGCUCCAAGACGACAUUGAGCUCGAGCACGAGACGGCCGAUACUGCCGCCAUUGCAGUGCGCAAGGCCGAAGUGUCGUCCAAGGCGAUUCGCGCGCACGAAGAGCAGAUCCAGAGUCUCAGGAUCCAGAUCAGCGAGAUUGAGGCGCAGAUCGUGGCGGCCCAAGCCGAAGCCAGCACCUCGACAUUGGCUGCGGACAACGCCAAGAAGGCAGCAACCGCCGCCAAGCAAGUCGCGCAUCACGUCAUGAUGCAAGUCAACACGGCCGAGACCGCGUCAUCGACUGCCGUUCAAGACGCUGCUGCCGAAGCAUCCAAGUGCUCGGCCAUGGCCGAGGUAGCAGCAACGGCCGCCGCCACCGCGCAAAUCGCCGCCAAGGACCUUGCCAAAGCCAAAGCGGCGCUGAUCGAGGCCCUGCACAAGGCCACGGAUGCCCUCCAAGCGUUCAAGGCUGAAGCCGAAGCCAACAUCUCGGUUGCGUCCGGGGCGCUGCAGACUGCGCACUCGGCCAAAGCGCGGACGCGGCUCCGUGUCGCGUCGUGGUCGUCGUCGCCGUCGCACGUCGACGCACUCGCCCAAGGGUAUCUCUUUUGCAAGCACGCGCUGCGCCCGACCAUGCACAGCAAGUACUUUGUGUUGUACGGCAAAACCCUCUGCUGGUACAAGAACGCCGACGACUUCAUCCAGCACGCCAACGCGCCGCUCGGCGUCGUUCACGUUGCGGGCGGCGUCAACGAGUGGAGUGGCCGCGUCGGCUUGACGACUGCGUCGCACCCGUUUUCGAUUCCAACGGUCGAAGGCAAGACGCUGCACUGCUCGGCGCCCGUCUCGCACGACGUCGCCAUGUGGAAUGCAGCGUUUCUCAUUGGCAUGACGAUGAACCCCAUGUCGCCAGAGCGCGCGCGGGCCGCCAAAAGUCGGCGCGACUCGUUCGACCUGACGUCGCCGCCCCGCGUGGGCAAGCAGCGGGCUAGCUUUUUCGCCGCCGAUUCGUCGUCGCCGUUGGAUACGAGUCCGCAACUGGUGCAGGUCGAGGCGGAGACGCCAACGGUCGAAGGCUACCUCGUCAAGCAAGGGCAUUUCGUACCGACGAUGAAGCAAAAGUACGUUGUGCUCGUUGGCAACCACGUCUUUUUCUAUGCGUCCCACGACGCCUACGUCGCCAAGACAACGGUCGACGUCGGGUGCUCGGAAGUCGCUAGCGUCGGCGAAUGGGACGGCCAUACCUUGCUCUUGACGUACCCGCACCCGUUCCGCAUCGAGACCGUCGCGCACGCGCAGGUGCUUUGCAGCGCGCCGACCGCAGCCGAGAAAGCCAAGUGGAUGCGCGGUCUCCGCGCCGCGAUGGCCAAGCACGCGGUCGCCGCCACGACGACGUCGACGCCGAUCGGUGACGUGGUGCUAGACCCAGAAGUACAAGCGCUCACAACGCUACUGCGCAACUACUAUACCGAGCACAACCCGACCAAGCAAGACGACAUCACGACGCUGCUCAAGCUCUUUGAUGGCCGUGAAAGCCAGCUCUUGUCGCAUCUGGACGCAACGUACGGCACGACGCUCGUCCGCGACCACGCCGACUUGCUCUCGACGCUCGAAGCGCGCCAUGAACGUCUCGCGGCGCGGGCCGCCGAGUUUGCGAUCGUCCCGGACGCUGGCAUGCCCCAUCUCGAAGGCGUCGCCGACCUUUCGGUACCGAGCGCGUUUGGCAGCAGUUCGUCAAGCGAGGUGUACCUUGUCUUGCUCGGGCACCAACUGAUGCAUUUCACAUCGCGCACCGCCGCACUCACCGCACCAGAGACGCCGACGAGUGUCGUGAACGUGUGCGAAGCCAUGGCCGGUGUCUAUGCGGCCGAUAUGACCGUGCUCGACACAGCUGGUACCAAGCACCUGUAUCGGCUGCAUCUCGAGGCGAGUCGCGACCAUUGGCUGCACGUGCUGGCGCUCGGCGUCGACCAUGCGCGGACCCACGGUCUCAUGGCCGUCACCCUCUCCGACCACAAGACGGUGCUGCAUGAGAUCGUGCCGGGUGCGUCGGACGCAAGCACGACACCAGAGGCCACGGCGUUCAAGUCGGCGAUCGUAGCGUUCUACAAUGAGCACAACCCCGACGGUCUUGCCGGCGUCGACGCCCUCUUGGUCUACUUUCGAGGCCAAGAACACCUCUUGCUCGAGUCCCUCGAUGCUAUGUAUGGGGCGUCACUGGCCUCCGACCCGGCGCUACAGGCGCUCUGCGCCGAGCUCGCGGGAGCGGCGUCGGCCAUUGACCGCCGCGGGUCGUUUUGGCGCAAGUCGCUCUUGCCCGAUGGCUCUCUGCCUCCGCUGCGCCGAAAGGCCGGGUACGUCAAGGUCAAGGCGCCACCAUCCAUUCCCAAGCUCAAGCGCGCGUUCGCAGUUCUGAGCGAAGACGGUCACCUCGCCUUGUUUGUCGACGCGAUGCAAGACGUGACGCUGCUGGCGUCCACCGCCGUGCACAGUGUCCGUGUCGGCGACGGUCAAUUUAGCUUGUACGUCGACACGACCUUCCUCCAGUGCGACUCCGAGAUCGAAGCCCACGAAUGGCUCUCAGCGUGCCACGUUGCGAUCGCGGCACAGCACGUGCAUACGCUCAGCGCGUCGCCGCUUGCCCAGUUCUUAUUCGACUAUUACAAAGUACACAACCCGGCCAAGGUCCGCGAAGUGCCGUUGCUGCUCGACUCGUUUGGCGGCCGCGAACGCGAGCUCCUUGUCAAGCUCGACGCGGUGUACCACACCCAAGUGACCUCGGACGCCUACGCGAUCUCGCUCUUGCCAGCGGCAUCGUCGUCAUCGUCCGACGCGUCGCCGAGUCAAACCGAGCUCGUGCGAGGGUACUUGCUCAUGAAAGGGUACCACCUGCCGUCGCUCACGCGCUUCUUUGGCGUCCUUUCCGGCAAUACGCUCGCUGUCUACGACACCGAAGACGACCACGUCGAGAAGAAGACGACGUACGAGCCCAAGCGCGUGGCUGCGGUCGUUGCGUGGAGUGGCAGCACCCAUACCGAGUGUACGUUCGGCCUCGAGAUCAUCACGGACGACCACAAGACGUUCUUCUGUGCAUUUGCCAAAGAGGACGACCAACUGCACUGGGCGAGUGCCUUCCGGCAUGGCAUUGCGAUCGCACGGAUCGAGCACCGGGCGUCCACCGGGGUCCUUGCGUCCGAGGGGACGCAGACACUGCGGCGCCUACUGCUGCAGCGGUUUGGCCACAUCCACCCGUCGCUCGCUGACGAUCUCGACGCGCUUCUCGAGUACGCCCAUGGCUUUGACAUGGAGCUUUUGACGCAAAUGGACCGUAAAUACGGCACCGAAAUGGCAAGUGACGAAGAAAUUGUGUCGCUUUUGGGGCCGCUUGCCAGUAAUGCGACGCUGCUCACGCCGGUCAAGGGGAUGGAAGGCCCUGUAAGCGUCGUGACGGCCGAAGGCCAAGUCAAAGCGCACGUCUACGCUGUCCUCGACGGCACGCAAUUGCAGUGCUACGUGUCCCGUGAAGGCUAUAAGACGUGCGUGACGACGCCGACGCUCUCGAUCGCGAUUGCAACGAUCGGGUCGUUUGAGACUACAGGCUUUGUCAUGGACACGCAAGACGAAGGCAUGGUCGUAUACAUGUUGACAGCGUCGACCGACGACCAACGUCAGUGGCUGGACGCGGUCCAGAACGCUCUGGACAAGGCGGCGCUGGACUCGCUCUUCCACACGAUCCCCACGGACACGGCAGGCGUCUUUUCGAGCUUUGUGUUUGUCCAUGAUCCCACUUCCGCUAGCAGCAGCAGUGGCAAGGAAGGCUUCAAGCUGCUCACGCUCAAGACAAAGCCCAAGCGACCUGCGAAACGCUACGUGGUCCUCGAUGGCCUCGAGCUCAAGGUUUACCUCGCGCCCUCCGACGUCGAGCCCAAUCGGCGACUGGCGGUCUCAAGCUUAUGCUCCUGGGACGAGGCCCCGAACGGCUUUGUCGUACACUGCCUCGACCACGCGCAGAAAGCCAGUGACGUCUACUGCUCGGUCGAGUCGCCGGAACUGCAAGCCAAGUGGCUCGACCACUACGCGAUCGUUCAGAAGCAGCAGCUUGGCGACGCGCUCCUCGACGACCAAGCGUAUGAGGUGGCCCACGCGACAGCGUCAACCUUUGAUACGUCGCCCGUGAAAGGCUACAUGAUGUACGAGCCCAAGGCGAGCCGAGCCGAGCGGCGUGAAGGCUAUUUUUUCUUGCACGAGACGCAUUUAUGGGCGUUCACCUCAGAGCUCAGCGCGCGGUCGGGGGACGCGCCGAUCUUGGACUUGGAGAUGGUCAUGCUUCUCGAACACGAAGCCGGUGUCGACGCCAACGACUUUUACAUCGAGGCGCGGGUGAACGGCGCCCUCAAGCCCCUGCGCUUCAUCACGGCGGACCGCGACGAUCGCAAUGUAUGGGUGCAGGCGCUCUCGUCCGUGCUGCAAAGUGCCCGCGGCCUUGCGCUCCUCGAGACAACCCAGCAACUACUGCACGAGAGCCCGACGCCGUCGCAAGCCAUCGCCGAGGCCAACCGUGCCAACUUUGUCGUGCCGGGGUCGUCGAUGGAAGGGAUGCUGACCCAAGUGCAAACCGCGUACUGGCUCUUCUCCCACGAUGAGCCACGGUACUUUGUGCUCAAGCAAGCGUCGCUUUGGAGCUUUGCGUCGGCGGCCGAAGCGCGACUUCUUCACGCCACCAGCAGCAACAACAACAACGACAACGAAAUGGAGGCAAGCGCCGAACUGCACGUCACGUCCGUCAGCGACUGGGCGCUGCCGCAAGGCUCGGCGCAGCACGGUUUCCACGUCCAUUACCAUCUCGGUGAGAGCAGCGAGACGUUGGUUGCGCAGCUCAUGGCGCCGUCGCUCGACGAGAAGGAGCGAUGGGUGCGUGCGAUCAAGGAGGCGCAAGAAGACUCGCUGCGCGAAGCCUACUACAACGACCUCUUGGCCCACGAGACGGAGCUCCACACGGCGGCCGCGCCAAUCGUGCUGGCGUACGAAGGCUUUGUCAAGACGCGCAAGACACGGUUGACGUCGCCGUGGCGCGAGCACUAUUGCGUGCUCAAGGGUCCGUGGCUCUCGCUUUAUGCGUCCCACGACACGUACCUCACAGCACCCGACUCGCCGCUCGAGAAGCACGAAGUCGUCCUCGUCUCUGACUGGCAUGGCUCACUCUCACUCGCCGUGCGCCACGUGUUUCGAGUCGAGACGCUCGACGACGGCUUCCUUGAGGUCUCGGUGGGCACGGACGGUGAAAAGGUCAAGUGGAUGAAGACACUCGAGGCGGCCGUCGCGGCCGUGCCAGCGCACGAUGUGGUCUCUCGCAACGCAGCUCUCACUAGCUACCCUGGCGCGUCCAUGGAAGGCUACCUCAUCAAGAAGGGACAUGGUCUCCGCGUCGCCAAGAAGCGGUACUGCGUCUUGCUCAGCACCGAGUGGCUCUACUUCAACUCGCAAGAAGACGCGCUCGCCGAAGCGCAGCCGCUCGGUGUGCUCAAAGUGCUCGGUGCCAAGCCGAUGGCUGCCGACGCCACGACGUACAUCGACUUUACCUCGACGGUGCCCGAACAUACCUUUGUCUUGGACGUCCAAGGCCAGAAGAGCGUCCUGUGCGAAGCCCACAACAGUGCCGAGCAGCACCUUUGGCUUGCGCACAUUUCAGCCGAGCUCGAGAAGGAAGCCAGCCUUGGCCGGGGUCUCCAAGCCUCGAAAGAGUCGGCGCAGAAGAAGGCCGAGGCCAUGAAAGCGGCAGUGGCGACGCUCGGCGCCGCCCAAGCCCACGCGUCGGCCGAGAUGGCGCUCACGGACGAUUUGCUCAAGAAGCUCCAAGACGAUGAUGACGAGGAUGACGUGUCGUCGGACAAUGACGACAGUGACGGCGCGACGCUCUACAUUGAAUACGUCGAUACGAACGGCGGGUUUGCGCCCGAAGACUCGCCGAUGCGCCGGACGUCCAAGAACAAACUCGUGCAGCACUUUGGCGACGACGCGCUGAGCAAGAGCAUGGCGUCCCGUCCGUUCUGGCAGCUCUUUUGCAGCUGCUUUUACCGCCCGCCAAGCACAACACUGCACCAAGACGACCCGCUCCUCACUGAAGACGAGAAGCGACUCUACAAGGUCCAAUUCUACGCCAACGGCGCGAUUGAUCCGUCCUUGUAACCACCGUUAUCUGCCAAAAACUACGUACGCGUCCCUCGUUUCGUGAAAUAUACAUGUAUACAUCGACUCGCAA